AAAUGGUGGUAAGCCAAGCUUGGCAGACCGAGGACAUUCGAUUGCCUGUGAGCAGAUCAUGACGUACCUGCUUGUGUGAGGAAGGCGUCUGCCAGUCACGCUAGUAAAGGAAUCUGAGCAUGGGAUUUGCAAGUUGCAAAACAGAUAAAGCGUGUGAAAGAAAAUCUGCCUGCUUUUAUAGAUAAGACAUGCACCCAGGCUCUAAACUUCGCGGUGAGAGACAUGGUCGGACAAGAUAGGUUUAGAGCGUCAUGGGGUCCGAGCGCUUCCAAACGCGACAAAUCGCGGUCAGUAGUGAGAGCAAACAUUCUUCACAUUCUGCGCAUAUAUCACCAUGGCUGUCCCUAUCACGACCAUCGCCGAAGGCAAAGAGCUGCGCGGGCUCAACCUCAUCGCGGCGCAUUCGCACAUUCGCGGCCUCGGCGUCGAACCGGACACGCUCGAGCCCAAGCCGUCGUCGCAGGGUCUUGUUGGACAGGAGAAGGCGCGUAAAGCGGCGGCAGUCAUACUGAGAAUGGCGCAGGAGGGCAAAAUUGCGGGGCGUGCGGUUCUCAUCGCUGGUCCGCCCAGCACAGGAAAGACGGCCAUCGCAAUGGGCAUGGCGCAGUCGCUGGGUCCAGAUGUCCCGUUCACCAUGCUUGCCUCAUCCGAGAUCUUUUCGCUGGAGAUGUCAAAGACCGAAGCGCUCACACAAGCUUUCCGCAAGUCCAUUGGCGUACGGAUCACGGAGGAGAGCGAGGUCAUUGAGGGCGAGGUCGUCGAGAUCCAGAUCGACCGCAGCGUGACAGGGAGCAACAAGCAGGGCAAGCUUACCGUCAAGACAACUGAUAUGGAGACCAUCUACGACAUGGGCACCAAGAUGAUUGACGCCAUGACCAAGGAGAAAAUUAUGGCAGGCGACAUCAUUUCCAUUGACAAGGCUUCGGGCAAGAUCUCAAAACUCGGCCGUUCGUACACGCGUUCGAGGGACUACGACGCCAUGGGCAUCGACACCAAGUUCGUGCAGUGCCCGGAAGGCGAGCUCCAGCAGCGGCGCGAAGUGGUACACACAGUCAGCCUGCACGAGAUUGAUGUCAUAAACUCCCGGACCCAAGGCUUUCUGGCCCUCUUCUCAGGCGACACAGGCGAGAUCCGAAGCGAGGUGCGCGACCAAAUCAAUACCAAGGUAGCAGAAUGGAAAGAGGAGGGCAAGGCUGAGAUCGUGCCGGGUGUGCUAUUCAUCGACGAGGUUCACAUGCUUGAUAUUGAGUGCUUCUCGUUUGUCAACCGCGCCCUCGAAGACGAGUUGGCGCCCAUUGUCAUCAUGGCAAGCAACCGAGGCAACACACAGAUAAGGGGGACAGAUUACAGGUCACCACACGGACUGCCAUUGGACUUUUUAGAUCGGGUCGUCAUUGUCAGCACACACUCCUACUCGUCAGAAGAGAUGCAGCAGAUUCUGUCAAUAAGAGCGCAGGAGGAGGAAGUUGAUGUCUCGCCGGAUGCUUUGGCAUUGCUUACCAAGAUUGGCCAGGAGACCGGCCUGAGAUACGCCAGCAAUCUUAUCACGACGUCAGACCUGAUACGCAAGAAGAGGCAAGGGACGGACGUCUCUAUCGCAGACGUGCAACGUAGCUUUGCACUGUUCUACGACCCUGCGAGAAGCGUAAAGUUCGUUAGCGAUUCCGAGAAACGCCUCAUUGGCGAUGCAGGGCAUGUAUCGUUCGUUGUCCCCAACGGCACCGAGGCCAUGGAUGUCUCAUAGGCGAUGUGUACGUUAUUGGGCUCAUUGGCGUACAAAAGGCAUAGGAAUUGAUAGAGCGUGUACCUUCGAGUGGGCGCAGUAAAGGCCGACAGAUGUAAUACCAUAAGUUAUUGACCAGAUGCUUGCACCGCAAUUCUAUUUUAAACACUGCUUAC